UCUCUAAUCUGCCCUAAUUCACGCCAUCCUCCUCUUUAAUCUGCGGGGUUCGGUCCAGAACCUGUGUGGUGAUGACCCGAACCCUACCGUUUGUGUGUGGACCCGCGGGUUCUGCUGUUAGCGGGUUCUCAUGACCCGGUCUUUAAGCUAACGCUGCUCCGCCAUGUUGUUCCGUUAAAAGUGUCUGAAAAUGGUCCGCUACUCUCUAGACCCCGAGAACCCCACGAAGUCGUGUAAGGCCAGGGGGUCCAACCUGCGGGUCCACUUCAAGAACACCCGGGAAACGGCGCAGGCCAUCAAAGGCAUGCACAUCCGCAAAGCCAACAAGUACCUGCGCGACGUGGUGGUCAAGCGGCAGUGCGUCCCGUUCCGGCGCUACAACGGCGGCGUGGGCCGCUGCGCUCAGGCCAAGCAGUUCGACUGGACCCAGGGCCGCUGGCCCAAGAAGAGCGCCGAGUUCCUGCUGCACAUGCUGAAGAACGCCGAGAGCAACGCCGAGCUGAAGGGUUUGGACGUGGACUCUCUGGUCAUCGAGCACAUCCAGGUGAACAAAGCCCCCAAGAUGAGGCGGCGCACGUACCGCGCGCACGGCCGCAUCAACCCCUACAUGAGCUCGCCGUGCCACAUCGAGAUGAUCCUCACGGAGAAGGAGCAGAUCGUCCCCAAGCCGGAGGAGGAGGUGGCCCAGAAGAAGAAGGUCUCCCAGAAGAAGCUGAAGAAGCAGAAGCUGAUGGCCCGCGAGUGACUCUGAAUAAAGCUUUCCUCAAACACC